AUGGGCGGUCUUAAGAUUGAUACUUCUUCUCAUGUCAUUGGCGAGGGCGAUAAGCCUAUUCGCGGCCUUUACGCUGCCGGUGAGGUCAUGGGAGGCGUUCACGGCAACAACCGUUUAGGUGGCAAUUCUCUACUUGAUUGUGUUGCCUAUGGUCGUAUCUCCGGCAAGGAUUUGAUGGAUACUUUCUUCCAAUCUGCCAAGCCUGUAGCUUUGAAGGACUUAGCUACUGGAAGAACGGAGCCUCGUAGACCUGCGAUAGUUGUUGGUGGUGGUCUUGCAGGUUUCUCUGCCGCUAACACCAUCUUGGAACGCGGUGGCGAAGUUAUCCUCAUCGAUAAGUCUGCCUUCUGUGGUGGUAACUCGUCCAAGGCCACUUCUGGUAUCAAUGGAUCUUGCACUAAGACUCAGAAGAGACUUGGCAUCAAGGAUUCCAAUGAGCUGUUCGAGUUCGAUUGCAUGAAGGGUGGUUCCAAGAAUCCUCAACUCAUCAAGACCAUGGUCGAAGCGUCUGGUGCUUCCGUCGAAUGGUUGAUGGAUAACUUCGAUCUCGAUCUUUCUCUACUCUCUCGUUUGGGUGGUCACUCUGUUGAGCGUACCCAUCGUGGAAAGGAGCGCUUCCCUGGUAUGACUAUCACCUAUGCUGAAAUGCAAAUGGCCGAGGCUAUCUCCAAGGCUCUGCCUGAUAGAAUGACAAAGGGUGAUGUUGUUGGUGUGAAGUAUGAGAAGGGUGGCAAGACAUAUACGCUGGAGGGACCUGUUAUCCUCGCUACCGGUGGUUAUGGUGCCGAUUUCUCUAAGAUGGUCUCUUAG